CGAUGAAAGCGCGCUCUCUCAGCCUGAAGGACACUAUGAGUUCUGGCGUGCAUUCGUGGGGCAGCCAGCCGAAUGGGCAGAGCUACAGCUGGAGCAGUUGGCUGCAUCGCAGCAGGCCGACGGAGACGCCCCCUUCCUUGGACGGGGUGAAAAUCGAGAUCCACUUGCUCAGUGGGGAGUCUCUCCAUAUCCGUGAAUGCCGUGGAGCCAAGGUGGGACAGGUUGCCACUGGAAUCAGCAGCCAGAUCCCAGCUUCGACCUUCAGCUUCUUCACCAAGGAAGGGCAGCCGGUCCACUGCGACAUGGAGGUCCCGGAUUCAGGCAUUGAGCUUCAGUGCAUCCUCGCGCCCGACUGCAGCUCCAACUGGAAAUGGAGAGUCAGGCGAGGGCAGCUGGAGACCAGGCCCUAG